CACAGGGCGAUAGGUUCAUCCGGUCUGGAAAUUGGGCAGACAGCAGCAAAGGACCCUCUGCUUUCAUUGAUAUCUCCGAGCCACUACUGUGUUGGUGCAUAGGGGACAAACAGCCCUGGAGGGCUUCACUCUUUGGGGUGCGUGGAAGCCUCGUGGGCGUCUUUUGCCUCUCUCUGGAAAUUAUUACGUCGGUGGACCGGCAGCCCGCGUCCCUGCUUUAAUUCCUAACGCCCCCCAAAACUUUCCGCGGUGCAUAACGUCGCGUCCUGUAUAUUUAUUAACAUUCAAUUACCACCGACCUGGCACCAAGCGACGACCAUAUUCGAAAGACGCAGAGACCAGGCACCCUCCACAGCGCAUGCUAGAGCUGCCUUGAUACAAUUCCAAAUUUCAACCCCAUCCGCUUAGACAGGUCCCAUUGUCUUUGAUCCGUCCAUGAUGGACGAAGACCCUCGGGAUCACGACUUCGACCAACGUCACGAUGGACCGUUCGAUCAACCGCGUCCAUCUGUCACGGUUCCACGAGAAGCCUUACAGAAUACUGUCGGUGGAAGUCCGACUGCCGCCAAAACGGUCGUAGUCCCCGAUACAACCAGCUCCGCCACCUCCGGAAGUCCGACGAAACAUAACGCAGGCAUGUUGGCCACUCCUACGAUCUCCGAACCCCAAACCACAUCCUCAAAUCACACUAUACGCUCGUCGCCAUCAUUAUCUGUACUUGAAAAGAACGACACGCCGCCACCACGGAAGAGCGUUCAGCUCGUAGACAUACAUGAUCCUUCCGGCGAGCGUAAUGGCAGCGUAGCUGGCGCAUAUAAUGGACGAAAGAGCUUGCAGUCUGCACGACCACGACCCAGCAUGUCAUCUGCUCACCGUCGGCAUAGUCGAGACUUCGACGUGCGCCGCGAUGGCCCCUACGGACGGCCUUCGCUAAACAUGGUCAGGCGGAGGAGCUCGAUCAUCGACCUCGCAGAUGCCAUUCCAGCACAUCCUGAUACCAAUACCGUCGACGUGGAAUUGGGCUCUGAUGAUCCAAUUGCAGAGACUGUUGCAUUCGAACCCGAACCGCCGCCACUCAACUACAGCCUAUGGGCGAGAAAACGCGCCAUUGCUAUCUUCUGGACCCUCAUAGUGAUAGACUGCAUCGCUAUGCCCAUUGCGCUGUACUUUGGAUUAUGGUACGGCACGAGCCUCACACCGAACAUUGUCUUCUCUAUCGUCACAGCAGCCUUGGGCGGUGUCAGCAUUUUGGAGUACUUUAUCCGAUUAUGGAGACUGGUCAAAAAGGACAGCACUUGUCGCGUCAUCGGUGCAAGAAGAAGUUAUCUGGAUUGGUUUCAUUGGAACUUCACGGCAGGGUGGAUGAUUAUCAUGGUGGAAUUGAUUGUUGGAACUGUCCCUGAACAUCCACCCAUCCGCCUGCUCUCCAUGCCGGUAGUCACGAUGAUGUAUGUCUUCGGCACUGAGCUCCUUGUGGUCGACAUGCUGCGCUACUUCCGACAGCCCGCGCCGAUUCGCAUCUCUAGCAUUCCCAAAGGGGCUCAGCUUCGACCAGCCAUCUACAGCAUCAUCGAGGACGUUGUUGCUGUAGAUGGCAACGGCGGGACAGCAUUUCGUGAGGCACUUAAUCGCCGCUAUGAGGCAAGCCAUGUCUUUCGCGCGAUGCUCCGACGUUUAGGCGCUUACUGGGCUUUUGGAGCUCAGACUACCGCCGUCGUCCUAACCAUCCUCAUUUUCACGAUCCACCCGGAGGCCGCUUAUGUGAUCGGCUGGACGGUACCGUUCGUUUGGGCAGGCAUCUGGACCCUCGGCACCAUUUGGUACGUCAAGCGGAAGUUACGCGAGGAGAAGAUUGCAUGGGCAGAGGAGAUUGCCGAAAAGUCAGCACUGUCUGCAGCCGUGAGCGCAACGGGGUCGGGAGACGUGGAAGAUUCGACACGGUGACGUGUGACUGGCUUUGUUUCCUGAUUUCUUCUUCUUACUUUCCUUGCAUGGAAACAUUCGGCUUUUGCUCGUUUAGGCAUUGGGACGAUGACUUUUACUGCCGAGCUGCUUCAUCCGUAGCCAAAACUAUAGAUACGUCCGGCUGCUCAUCUAAGCUUCGAUCGAUAAGGGUGCAAUUGUAUCACAUCCUGAUAAAGAAGUGAUUACUUGUCGGUAGUGACGCUCGCAGACUCGUCGCCGGUUGUUGCAAAAUUUGUUGCCUACUCGACGACGUCUCGCAAAGUGUUCAACAUCAGCACAUGUCACAUCCAGAUAUGACUGUAGAG